UAAAACUUCAAGGCAAAGUCACAUUUUAAUUUACUUGACUACUGAAUUAUCGCACAGGACUCCGUUUCUGAUUCCAUUUAAUUUAGGAAGAACUCUCCAAGAUUCUGUCUUAAAAGUGUAGUCUCCCAGUUCAAGGAAGAAGGAAGCUGUAUAUGAUCUAGGGACACUGUUGCAUGCUAAUCCUGAUAAAACUCUUAUAAUUAAACUCAUAUUCAAAUAAUGGCUGUGUUCAAUUAUACUGUACUAACAAUGAGUCUGCAAUUUUUGAUUCCCUGGAAAGUCCCAUUUGCUCACCUCUCUGCUUGGGGGCAGGACUCAGGCACACAGGCCCCACCCCCAAAGGGUUUGCCAGACAAAACCCAUCUGGGCAUAUAAACCAGCUUCAAACAGAAAACACUAAAUGAAAAGAUCUCUGCUACACCUUAACAUCUCUCUCCAAGCCUUUUAACAAGUUCAAGGAACGUUACUGAAGGAGCUCUGAUCACCAUGGCAAAGCGUGUAGCUGUGAUCCUGGCUGGCUGUGGGGUGUACGAUGGGAGUGAGAUCUAUGAGUCAUCAGCAGUUAUGAUCCACCUCAGCAGAGCCAAUGUGAAGGUUAACGCCUAUGCCCCCGAUGUGGCUCAGAUGCAUGUGGUGAACCACAUAAAGGGGGAGCCGACGGAGGAGUCGCGUAACGUGUUGACAGAGAGCGCCCGUAUUGUCCGCGGAAACAUCCAGGACCUGGCCACACUGAAACUCGCCGACAACGAUGCUCUCAUCAUCCCUGGUGGGUUCGGUGUAGCCAAGAACCUGUGCACAUGGGCGACGCAGGGGAAGGACUGCGAGGUGAACCCGGCUGUGGAGAAAGCGAUCAAGGAUUUCCACAAAGCUGGCAAACCCCUGGGGCUGUGCUGCAUCUCCCCUGUCCUGGCAGCCAAGAUCCUGCCUGGCUGUGAGCUCACUGUGGGCCAUGACAAGGAGUGUGAAAUGUGGCCCAAUGCAAAUACAGCCAACGUGAUGAAGGAGCUUGGCUGCAAACACGUUAACAAGCACGUAAAAGAGGCUCACGUGGACGCUAAAAACAAGAUAGUGACCACCAGCGCUUUCAUGUGCAACGCCCCAGUGCACGAGAUCUUUGAUGGCAUCGGGGUCAUGGUUGAAGAGGUGCUGAAACUGGCCUAGGUGGACCAAAAGGGGGGGUCCUUGUGUCUGGGGGUGCAGAGAUACCAUGCAACUGUCUGGAGAGAGAUGUAGCAUAGCUACAGUAGCAUAGUAUUAAACUACAGGGUCAUUACAAGGCUUUUGAAACUAUUGUGUAGUGGCUUUAGGUGGUCCUACAGUAUAUGUUCAUGUUAGUUUCGCUGUGAGAUAUCCUGCUUCUUAUUCAGUGUGUGUAUAUAACAGAACAACGUCCGUGUGUUUCAAUAAAUAACUAGACAAAGAGAAGGAGAUGUGACUUUUUAUUGGACUAACUAAAUGACAAUUAAUCACUAGCUUUCAAGACCUCAAAGGUCUCUUCUUCAGGUGAAAGUAGGAAAGAGAGAUUGAUGCUUACAUAUGAAUAAAAAGGUAUCACAUCUCCUUCUCUUUGUCUAUCAUCUCUGGAAUAAACAAAUAAAAAGAAACCAAAAACU